CUACACAACUUCUUUUUUUUGCCUGCUUAACUGCUUUAUUUCGAAAAAUGUCAUCUAAAUAUCAAACCAAGAAAGAUCCUGCUUCACUCAAGAAACAAGAGGAAGACCUCCUCGACGAUGCCCAGUAUCAUAUUAACGAGACAGAAACAGCACUGGACGACGCAGAGCGCGCUUCACAUGCUCACAAGGCCCGAACUGGCAAAGAGCUUGAUGUGACGGAAGAAAACCUCCGUAGCGGAAAGUUUCCAGAAAAGAAAAUGGAUUAGAUAUUCUAGUCUUUACCUCCUUCCACUUGACGAUACAUUGUAAAUAAAGCUCGCUGCG